AUGAGCGCAAACCAAGAAGUUAGGAUUCAUGACGUUUGGAAUUCAAACGUUGAAGAAGAGUUCGCAAAAAUGAGAACUCUAAUUGACGACUACCCCUUUGUUGCGAUGGAUACUGAGUUUCCAGGCGUUGUUGCUACCCCUCUAGGCACAUUCAAAAGCAAGGAAGACUUCAAUUACCAGCAAGUAGGAUUCGCGCUAGUCGAUGAGAAAGGAGAUCUUCCACCAACGGGAGACGUGUGGCAGUUCAAUUUCCACUUUUCGCUCUCCGAUGAUAUGUAUUCACAAGAGAGUGUAGAGAUGCUAAGAGCGGCGGGAAUCGACUUCACUCGUUUGCAGAAUGAGGGAAUUUCCAUGGACAUUUUUGGCGAACUGUUGACAACAUCGGGAUUGAUUGUGGAUGACCGAAUUACAUGGCUGACUUUUUCGUCGGGGUAUGACUUUGGAUAUCUACUCAAAUCAAUAACCCUCGGCGAACUUCCAAAAGAGGAAUCGCAGUUUUUCCAAUUCCACCGAGCACUUUUCCCUCGCUGUUACGAUAUUAAACUUAUGCUACGGAUGCCUGGGUCAUUCAAUACAAAGCUCAAAGGAGGUUUACAAGAGGUGGCAGAUCAGCUGGACGUCAAGCGGCAUGGCAUGCGUCAUCAGGCUGGAUCGGAUGCUCUGCUCACUGCGAAAACGUUUUUCAAAAUUAAGCAACAGUUUUUCAACGAUAAUUGGGACAAGGCUAGUUUUUCAAAACGUCUACUGGUUUCAAGUGUCACGAUUGGUCCAAGGUCACUUAUUCGGGCUAGGUUCUUCACUCUCGCUCUCUCAGUCAGCUCACAACAUUCUACAACUUCAGAUAUGCCCUCCAAUAGUCAAAGGAAACACACAAUUUCUAAUAAAGUGCGGAAGCGUAGAGGUAAAGACAUUGAUCAAAUACAUGAGGACCUCAAGCCGAGCAAAGCAGCGAAGCUUCUCAAUCAAGAGAUCGAUCUUGACUUACCGGGUGACGGGCAGUUCUACUGUAUCGAAUGUGAACGUUAUUUCGUAGAUGAGAAAACGAGAGCGGAUCACCGAAAGUCGAAGUUACACAAAAAUCGUGUCCGGUCUUUGAAAGAAGUUCCUUACUCAAUCAAAGAAGCGGAAGCUGCAGCUGGGCGAGGACAUUAUCCUCACGUAACUCUCAAAAGCAAGGUCAGUUCAAUUCUUCACGGUGGAGUGUCAUCGGUUUAUAGCAUGAUUGCUUUGCUUCGACGUGGUCCCGUUGCUUGGGGUUGGUCAUUGACGGAGCGAAGAUGCAUUCAAGCUGAAGCUCUGCGGCGAAUCUAUGACAACGCUCGAGAGGCUUGCUCGAGUAUAGGUGCAGCACCUAGGGUUAAUCCUCGAGGAGUGUUUGUCAACAAUGAUCUCGAUCUUGGCUCAAUUGAUGUCUACGGAUUCGAUUAUGAUUACACCCUUGCUGUGUACACCCGAAAUCUUCACGCACUCAUCUACAAGUUGGCUCUUCAUCGUCUUAUAACACAGUUCAAGUAUCCUGAGAAUAUACUUGAUAUACCUUAUGACAGUGAGUUUGCGAUUCGUGGCUUGCACUUUGAUGUGCAAAGCUCUUGCCUCGUGAAAGUUGAUGCCUUUUCCCAAAUUCAAUGUGGAUCUGUGUACAAAGGGAGGAGGAAGCUAUCCGACAACGAAGUGAAAAAGCUGUUUCCUCGCCUCUGCCUUCCUGACUUAAAAGAGCGUCAAAUGCCGCAGCUGGUGGACUUCUUUUCUCUUCCAUGGGCAGGUCUUCUUUCUACUGUGGUCCACUACUGUGACCUUCACAACAUUGUAUUUGAUCCAAAGUGUUUAUUUGAUGAUUUGGAACCUCCACUGCACGUUGAAUUCAACCAUUCCUUCAGCAAUGUUGGAAUGUCGUAUAUGCUGGGUGAGGAUUGGCGAAAAUACUUCACAUAUAUAGUCGUGUUAGCAAAAAAGCCAACAUUUUUCAAAGGGCGGGAACCGUUUCGAAUUUAUGAUCCUGAUUUGGAUAUGAUGAGGUUUGAGAAAGUUCAUCGCUUGGAGGAGGGUCAGAUAUACUCAGGGGGAAAUAUUGACGAGCUGUCUACUCGCGCUGGUUUCAAAGACAAGGGCGUGCUCUACUUUGGUGAUCAUAUCUAUACCGACCUUGCUGACCCAAUUCUGAGGCUGGGAUGGCGUACCGCAGCCGUUGUACCUGAGCUGGCUCGAGAAAUAAGAGUACAGAAUGGCGAAUCCUAUCACAAUGUUGGAAUGUCGUAUAUGCUGGGUGAGGAUUGGCGAAAAUACUUCACAUAUAUAGUCGUGUUAGCAAAAAAGCCAACAUUUUUCAAAGGGCGGGAACCGUUUCGAAUUUAUGAUCCUGAUUUGGAUAUGAUGAGGUUUGAGAAAGUUCAUCGCUUGGAGGAGGGUCAGAUAUACUCAGGGGGAAAUAUUGACGAGCUGUCUACUCGCGCUGGUUUCAAAGACAAGGGCGUGCUCUACUUUGGUGAUCAUAUCUAUACCGACCUUGCUGACCCAAUUCUGAGGCUGGGAUGGCGUACCGCAGCCGUUGUACCUGAGCUGGCUCGAGAAAUAAGAGUACAGAAUGGCGAAUCCUAUCAGAAAGUUAUACAAUGGUUGGCAAUGCUCACUGCAAUCGUGGAAUUGUAUCGACCAGAAUCACUGCAAGACGCGGAAUCUGCAAAAGUAAUCGAAGAAUGGCAGGCAGAAAGAAGUCUUUACAGAGAGGAGGCCAAAGCACUGUUCAACCCACAAUUUGGAUCUUUAUUCAGAACUUAUCACAACAUGACACAUUUUUCGAAGAGGCUCCAUAGAUUAUCCGACGUUUAUACCAGCCGUGUGCCAAACCUGCUCAACUACGACAUCCGCCAUUGUUUUUUCCCUCGUCGUAAUGCUCUACCUCAUGAGAGUCUGCACUCUGUUCCUAUCAACUCGGAUUCCAUACUUGAUAUUCUGAAACGCAAAGAGCAACUACGUGGAGAUGUUGAGCAUCCUUGA